GCCACAGUUUUGCCACCUGACUCUGAUCUCAUUCCUCUACCAAGAUCAUCAUGCAUUGGAAGACGGCCAUAGUCGUCCUACUUGCCGGCGUGGCCACAGCUGCUCGCCUGGACAAUUACGGGGGUGGCAGUAAGGCUGGAGCUGGUGGUUACGGUGGAGCUGGAGGUCGAGGAGGAUACGGAGGCUCUGGUGGUGGAGCUGGUGGGGCCGGAGCGUACGGAGGUGCAGGAGGCAAAGGAGGUUACGGAGGAGCUGGUGGUUACGGAGGCGCUGGAGGAGCUGGUGGCAGAGGAGGUUAUGGAGGAUCUAAAGCCGGUGGAGCUGGAGCCUAUGGCGGAGCUGGUGGGGCUGGUGCGUACGGAAGUGCUGGAGGAGCUGGUGGCAGAGGAGGCUAUGGAGGAGCUGGGGCAGGUGGCGCUGGAGCAUAUGGUGGAGCUGGUGGAGCCGGAGCAUACGGAGGUGCCGGAGGUGCUGGUGGAUAUGGUGGAGCGGCUGCUGAUGUUAUCCCUAUCAUAUCAUUUGAGAACAAUCCCAAUUUGGGAGAUGGCUCUUACUCUUGGAGUUAUGCAACUGGCAAUGGCAUCAACGCUCAAGAAGAAGGAUACGAAAACCCCAACGCACCUGAAGGUCCUGGUGAGGUUGCCCGUGGUUCAUUUUCCUACACAGCUCCAGAUGGCCAACAGAUCUACGUGUACUAUACAGCAGAUGAGAAUGGCUUUGUUCCUCAGGGAGAUCACCUUCCUACUCCUCCCCCAAUUCCUGAAGAAAUUCUAGAGGCUCUACAAAAGAAUGCUGCUGAUGAAGCUGCAGGAAUUUACGAUGACGGAAGCUAUCGCGGAGAGGGUAACGGUGGAAGUGGAUACGGAGGAGCCGGUGGUGCUAGUGGUUACGGUGGUGCUAGUGGAUCAAGUGCAGGAGGUUAUGGGGGUGCUGGUGGUGCCGGAGGUUAUGGAGGUGCUAAAUCUGGUGGUUAUGGAGGUGCAGCGGGAGGAGCUGGAGGCUAUGGUGGCUCAAGAGGAGGUGGCGCUGGAGGAUACGGUGGAGCCGGUGGGGCUGGAGGUUUUGGAGGCUCCAAAGCCGGUGGUGCUGGAGGAUAUGGUGGAGCCGGUGGAGCGGGAGGUUAUGGAGGCUCAAGAGCUGGUGGUGCUGGAGCAUAUGGAGGAGCCGGUGGCGCCGGAGGCUAUGGAGGUGCAAGGGGUGGAGGCGCUGGAGGAUAUGGAGCUGGUGGUUCCAAAAGUGGUUCUUACUAAAAACGUUGUGUGAAGUCGUUUGUUAUUGGAACACCUGAGAAUAGUCAGUUAUAUUUAUAUCAGGUUGUAAGAAAACAAACUAUUAUCAAUAUAUGUUCAGUUACCAUUUAAAACUAACCGAACGGUUAACAGUUAUAUUCAUAUUAUUAACAUUUAUAUUCAUUAUUUGUAUCAUAUCACUUUAUACAUUUCCAUUAAAAACUAUUCCUUUUAUUUACUUGUCUAGUAUCACAAUUUUCACUUUUGCGCUUUUUAAAUAUUUGUUUCACUUUUUCUUCAACUUUUUCUCUCUAUUUUCACUUCUUUUACAUAGUUUUGACAUUUUAAUUCUAAGUAAAUAUGAUGUGUAAUUGUUGUGCCAAAUCUUAUCGUGUGAUAUUUAAUAUUUGUUUUUUGUCAAUUGCUCAAAGACUUUGAAGUAAUUAGUUAUAGUGUAAUUUCCUAAUGUACUGUACAAUUGUAUAUAUGUUUUUAUAAUAAACGUUUUGUACCAGCA